AUGACCGCCACCGAACAAAUUUUUUACCCUGCUCUGGGGAAAUCCCUUGAAGAUGUUCAGAAAACCCUUAACGGCUCCAUUCUUGUUGUUCCUACAGUCUCCGUAGCUAACGUCCCACAGCUGGCCAUUGAUCUUCUCAUCCACUCUCUCGGUCUGACGCUAGUUGGCAGACUCUCCGACAAGUAUCUCUAUCCAUUUGCUGGUCCCCGCGAUGCUCCCUCAUUACCUACACCAACAACCCCAAUUUCUUCUGGCAUCAGCACUGCUAUAGAAGUUUACAAUUCUCCCAAGCUUAAUCUUACUGUUAUCCAGCUCCGUGCCCCGCCACUCCCCAACUGUCGCCGCGCCUUUGUCCGCUCCACACUGGCCCCCUUUGUUUCUCAGUUCAAAUUUAGCGAAACCAUUGUUGCUGGUUCAUCUAAUGCUGCUCUGUCAGAGGCUGUCCCACCACCACGCUUCAAACUUUUCCACAAGAAAUCCGGUCCCUCUGCCGAUCUAGCAGGCGUCGACUCGCUUUCUAGCAGACUAGCAGGUCUCUCAAUUGGAAAAGAUCUUGCAGGUGAAAUGGCUUCAGAAGCUCCAUUGUCUCCUGUGGAACUCCCAGAAUCUGGGUUUACUCUCGACGCUCUUGUGGAAAUUGCAGCCCUCCAAGGCCCUAGUAUAUCUGGUCAGAGUACCUCUACAGGCAAACCUACACUUGCCAAAGUGUGUGCCGCCGUGAUUUAUGUCUAUGAAGGUGAUAACUUUUACGAUGCCCAUGAGUUUGCUGACCGACUUGCAGCAGUAUGCGGCCUCGACGUUUCGGCCGUUAAGUCAGCGCUACCACAACCUCCAAAGAAAAGACACGCCACAGGUGAAGAACCCCCCAAAUGGGUCGAGCCAUUAUCCUGGCAAGGUGUCUACGGAAAGGAAAUCCCCAUUGGGCUGGAAGAAGGUCUUUAUUCUUAA